GUUGUAAUGCUAAAGCAUUGAAAAUGGUGAGGUGGUUGUGGUUGUUUCCCGUUUUUGGUGGUCACGGGCGAUUUUGUGAGGAUCAUUUAUUUGUUUCAUUCGGUGAUCCGUCGAGUAAGUGGUCUUGACUGCGUGUAACAGCCAGUGCCACCCUCAUGAAGUGCGCGAUAAAAUGUAGCCACACAACAUAUCAUCAUCAUCCACCCACCACCAGCCCGCCAGCCAGCCAUGGCCAACAAAAACGUCGACUACAGCCUCUACCUGGUGACGGACUCGACGCCCGCCGUCCUCGGCGGGCGCGACAUCUGCGCCGUGGUCGGGCAGGCGCUCCGCGGCGGCGUCACGGUGGUGCAGUACCGCGACAAGACGAGCGACACGCGCGAGCUCGUCGACGUGGCCACGCGGCUGCACCGCCUGACGCGCGAGCACAACGUGCCGCUGCUCAUCAACGACCGCGUCGACGUGGCCCUGGCCGUCGGCUGCGAGGGCGUGCACCUGGGCCAGGACGACAUGUCCCUGCAGGACGCCCGCCGCCUGCUCGGCCCGGACGCCAUCAUCGGCAUCUCGGCCAACAACGGCUUCGAGGCCAUCAGGGCCUGCUACGCCGGCGCCGACUACCUCGGCGUCGGCGCCAUCUUUGCCACGCCCACAAAGGCAAACACGAAGAGCAUCCUGGGGACGGCCGGCCUGCAGUACAUCCUGGGCAUGCUGACGCGCCGCCCGGCCUGCAAGCUCGUGCCGGCCGUGGCCAUCGGCGGCAUCAACCACACAAACGUCCAGCGCGUCUUGUACCAGUCCGAGGUUUGGCCCUUCAGGCGGCUUGAUGGCGUCGCUGUCGUGAGCGCUAUCGUGGCCAGCCCGGACCCCGAGGCCGCCGCCCGGGAGCUGCGCCGCCUCGUCCGGGACCCGCCCCCGUUCGCCACCCGCGAGGGCACCGCCGAGCCGCGGGACCCGGCCGACAUCCUGGCCCUGGUGCCGGGCGUGAUUAGCGCCAUGCACGAGACCACGCCGCUGUCGCACAACAUGACCAACCUGGUGGUGCAGAACUUCUCGGCCAACGUCGCCCUCGCCGUCGGCGCCUCCCCCAUCAUGUCCAACUACGGCGAGGAGGCGGCCGACCUCGCCAGGCUGGGCGGCGCCCUCGUCGUCAACAUGGGCACCGUCACCCCGGAGGGCAUCGGGAACUAUAUCAAGGCCAUCAAGGCCUACAACCUGGCCGGCCGCCCCGUGGUGUUUGACCCAGCAGGAGCCGGCGCCACCGCCGUCCGCCGCGCGGCCGUCAAGGCCAUCCUAGCCGCCGGCUACCUCGACGUGAUCAAGGGCAACGAGGGCGAGAUCGCGACGGUGCUCGACGUGGAGCUCGAGUCGGAGCUGCGGCUCAAGGGCGCGCCGCCCGAGGGCGGCGACCCGCAGGACCCGCAGGACCUGCCCCAGCAGCGCGGCGUCGACAGCGGGCCCUCGGCGCGCGACGACGCCGCCCGCGCCCUGCUCGCCGUGCGCCUGGCCCGCCUGCGCCGCUGCGUCGUCGUCAUGACGGGCCCCACCGACUUCGUCGCCGACCCGGCCCGCGCCUGCUCGCUCUCGCACGGCCACGUGCUGCUCUCGCGCGUCACGGGCACGGGCUGCUCGCUCGGCACCGUCGUCAGCGCCGCCUGCUCCGUCUCGCACCCCGGCGGCGACAGGUUCGUGGCCGCCAUCGCGGCGCUGCUGCUUUUUACCCUGUCGGCCGAGGUGGCGGCCGGCCGCUGCCAGGGGAGGGGGACCUUUGUGCCCGCCUUUCUGGACGUGCUGGCCGACUGCCGCACUUCGACGGCCGAGGGCGACACGGACUGGCUGGACCUCGCGCAGCUGAGGCGGCACGACCCCGAGGACGGAAGCGUGGUUGCCGUCAACGAUCUGCCCAUGGAGCUGGACGCGCCAGAGGAGGAGGGGGAGGGGGAGGGGGAGGGGGAGGGCAAGGAGGGUGGUGCAAAAGAGGAAGCCAUGGAGGUGGUUCAGGCAAAAGAGGAGGGCGAGUAAGCCUGGAGUGUCUGGGUGGGUGGCAUGUCAGACGUUUUGCUGUGAGUGUGGGUGAACCAACUUGCCGAGAGGAAAGGAACUCGACGUGCGGCAGCAGCAAACCUCCAAAAGGGACGACGUCAAAUAUGCGCAGGUGGGUGUGGCUGUCGGCUGAUGAGGAUCUGAUGUCAAUAUCAAACGAGGUUGCGAGGCAGACACACCACCCACCCAGUUCGCCGUGCCUCGCUCCUUCCUUGUUGCCUUGCUGCCUGCUGCCCCCAGCCUGCCCUGCGCCCAGGCCAUAUAAGCGCCCGCCCGACUCCUCCAGUCAUCGAGCCCGGACACUUAAUAGGUAUCGCCCUUUGGUGUAACGGUUAACCGGUAAGCCGUUGAACCCUAAUUUAACAGAUUUGGGAGCACGGGUUCGAUCCCCCGUAUGGGGUGCGGACGAUAAAAACAAAAAUCGGAGAAAACCAUUAAACGGGGUUUUCGCAGCUGCCACACCCUGCGGGCGGUUUAAUAUAGGCUGGGCAGUCAUCUUUUUUGCCUUUUUUAUUUUUACUUUUUUUUAAGUGACUUUCUUCCGGUUUUGUAUUGAUGCAGCACCAGCACCUCCGCCGCCGGGACUUGAGGUCGUCAUGAUAUCAACCUGCCAGCCCACCCACCAGGCCCAAAUGGUCUGAACUUUUGCUUCACUCUUUCGGCGAACCACGUCCUGGCCCAUUCCUUUUUGUUCUCUUCUUAUCCAUUCUUUGUUUUCCCUUCCCGCCACCCGCUGGACCAAGGCGGUUCGGAAGCAACGGGGCACUAGGCAAAAAAAUACGCAGCGUGAACACGUCGAGUCACGUUGUUGAACACCAUCCAAGCAGGCUUCUCGAGUCACUAGCAAUGUAAUCACAGGCAGGUAUGCGAGACAUAAAAGUUUAGUCGAGCUUCUCGGCCAGCAUUUCUGCUAACCGGCAGCCACAGAAACUGAUGGUUCAAUUUGUCUUCUCAAGUCCAGAAUCCAAAAGGGAGGCUCCCGCCGUUCUACACGAUAGAAACCACACCCUACGAAAGGCAAACAGCACACACGGCCCACCAGUAGUACCAGGCGACACACACUUCCACAUAAACUCCCCCACGCAGGCCUCCUUAGGCAGCAGCAGCCGCCCUACCGAGGGUGACCGCCUCGCGCUCGAGCAGCGACUCGGUGAAGCGACCGGCCGGCGGCUCACCCGCGGCCAGGAUCUCCUUGGCCGCCUGCUCGAUGCCCAGCUGCGCGUCGUUCCA